AUGCCGUUCAAGAACCUCCUCUCCGACAUCAAAUCGCAGGUCAAAGACCUGCAGAAACAGGGCCAGCAGUUUCUCCAGCAGCAGCAAUCUCCAUCGCAGUCUCAAUCUCAACCCCACCACUACCAGCAGCAGCAGCAGCAGCAGCAGCAACAGCAGCAACAUUACCCAGCUCAGUACCAGCAACCUCCUCCCCUCCCGCAAUCGACACAUCCCAACUUCCAGGCCCAAGGAGGCCCGCCAGGUCAACAGCCCCUGCCCCCGCAGCCGAAAGUCUACUGGCAGCCGCGCUUCGAUCCCGCCACGCCCAUCAGCCAAGAAUGGGAACACAAACUGGGCAACAACAACGGGUGGGGCAACAAUGAGAUGCAACAUUAUACCGCCGAGGGGAGCAAUUCGUUCUACACGCCCAACCACCUCCUCGUCCUGCGCGCCAUCUCCACGCCGUCCCAGCCCGACCCGGCCAAGAAAUACACGUCGGCGCGGCUGGUGUCUCGCCAACGCCUCGGCCGCCCGAGCGGCAGUCUCGUCGCGAGCCUCAGCCUCCCCUGCGCGUCGGGCAUCUGGCCGGCGUUCUGGCUGCUGCCGUACGAACCCUUCACGUGGCCGACGGACGGCGAGGUCGACGUCGCCGAGACCUGGAACGGCGACGCCGUCAACCACUCGUGCCUGCACUGGGGCUUCUACUCGCCCGAGGACAAGGCCAAGCACCGCGUCGUCGCCACCCCCGUGCACGGCAUGCAGACGGGCCGGCCCGUGCGCUUCGAGUUCGCCUGGCACCAGGACGGCGCCGGGCCCAGCGGCCGCAUGGUCUGGUGGAUCGACGGCCAGGCCGUCAUGAAGGCGCCCAUCCCUCACGACAUGAAUAGGCCGCUGGCGGAUUUCGUCGUGUUGCUCAACAUCGCCAUGGGCGGGAAUGUGUGUCAGGGCCAGGUGCCGAGAGAGGGCGCGUAUGAUUUCGUGGUGCACGAGAUGAAGAUGCUGGAGGAGCCCGAGGGCGGUUGGCCGCGCUUUGAGAGGGAUUGGGCCUGGGUUCGGGAGGGCGAUAUGAUAUGA